GGCGGCGGCGGCGGCAUGGGGGCGGCGGGGCGGCGGGUGCUGCGGGCCGGGCUGGCGCUGGGCGCGCUGGCGCUGGUGCUGCAGGGGCUGCGGGGCUGGCUGGCCUCCAAACGGUACGAGUUCACCCCCGCCGAGAUCGCCCAGCUCGCCCGGCACCACGCGGGGCUGGACCAUGAGCUGGCUUUCUCCAAGAUCAUUGUGGAGCUACGGAAGAAGCACCCAGGCCACAUCCUGCCAGAUGAGGACCUGCAGUGGGUGUUUGUGAAUGCAGGCGGGUGGAUGGGCUCCAUGUGCCUCCUGCAUGCCUCGCUCACCGAGUACGUGCUGCUCUUUGGGACGGCUGUUGACACCGGGGGCCACUCAGGUCGGUACUGGGCGGAUAUCUCUGACACCGUCAUCUCGGGGACCUUCCGGCAGUGGAAGGAGGGGACCACCAGAAGUGAGAUCUACUAUCCAGGGGACACCAUCGUGCACCAGGCAGGAGAGGCCACGUCGGUGCAGUGGAGCGCAGGUACCUGGAUGGUGGAGUACGGCCGGGGUUUCAUCCCCUCCACGCUCGCCUUCGCCCUGGCUGACACCCUCUUCAGCACUCAGGACUUCAUCACCCUCUUCUACACCCUGCGCGUCUAUGCCAAGGGCCUGCUCCUGGAAGCCAAUGCCUUCUUCAGCACCUUGGGCUGCUGAGCCCGGCUCGCUGGGGCACCCUGCCGAGCACAGCUGGCUCCUCUCUUCCCAGCCUUCCUCCCCUCUCCUCCUCCUCCUCCAUGAGCCCAGGCUCUAGCAGAGGCAGCAGGAAAUCCCCUGUGCCUCCUCCAAAUUGCUCUGUCCUUCCCCAUGGGCCAGCUGCGUGCCAGGACAGAGGGACCGUGGUGGUCACAGCAAUACAGACCAUCAGUUCUCUUUACUAGCUGCCUCUCCCCCCUUUUGAUCGGAGCCAUGUCCUGCUUUUCCAUCCCUUAGGGGCUGGAGUGGCCUUGCGGGGUACGAACACCCCUGUGUGCCCUCGGUGUGUGGCGGGAGAGGCUGUCCCCAGGCUCCACAAAAUUUCUGCAGCUCCUGAGACAUCAGGAGGAGGAUGCUGCCCUCGGGACAGGGUGCACGGGGUGAGCCAGGCCACAGCACCCAUUGUAAAGGUCAGGCGAGAAGUUCCCCAUCUCUCUGGCAGUCUGCCGGGACUGCGGGCAGCGCAGGGUGCUAUGUCCAGCUGGCAGCAUCUCCCGUGGCUCCGUCCCUGCUGAUGUGGGUUGGCAGCACACAGUAUCACCCUGGCAUGGGGCAGGAUCUGCACUGGGAUCCCCCGGCAGUGGGGGGAUGCCCAGCCUCUGUGCUGGAGGUCCCUCCCGGUCCCCUAUGUGUCAUCUGCCCCAGGGGACAGCCGGGGCUGGAAGAGGGUCCCUUUCCCAAAGUCCCCUCCCUGCAGUCCCCCGCAAGGGGGAGAGCCACCGUCUGUCGCCUUAACGGAGAGCCCGUUCUUGCGUGGCCUCUGGGCUAUGCACAUACCUAGUGUCUGCAGGUGCCCAAACCUCUGUACAAGCUCAGGAUGGGAUCUUGCCCCUCUUAACGCUUCCCCUGGCUGUGAGACCCCCUGGGGACAGCCACUGCUGCUUGGCUCCAGGCAUCAGGUCCCGGCUGCUGAGGGAGUGCUGCGUUCCCCCGACUGAUCCCGGCUGCGGACCCUGCUUGCAGCCCUGCGGCCGGACCCGUGUGGGCUCGCUGCUUGGUGGAGGGCUUUCAGCUCCAUGCUGCUGCCAAACUAACGUGUGCGUCCCUGGCCACCAGGCCUGUAGCAUGUUGCUCCUUGUGCUCCCCGGACUGUUCCUGUCCUGCUGACUGGCAGCCCCACACAUGGGCUACUUCUUAAUUUGCCACCUGAAAAGAGAUACAGGUAAUAAAAUUGUUCAUCCCACCCGCUCA